AUGCGGGUCGCUCGUUUUCGCCUCUCGGUCUGCCAGCGUGCACACACGCGCCGCAGCUGCCUGCAAUGCCUACUCUUGGGUCUCACGAUUCUACUGAAGCAGCCUCCCCCUCCCCUACUUGCUUUUUUUUUGUAUUCUGCCUCUGUGGUGUGUUCUCACGUUAGUCCAAGCAACGCGAGCGUCCACGCCGCAGCCAUGCCGGAUGAGCGCAUCCUGCUUGUGACCGGUAUUCCCUCAAAGCAAUGCACCAGUGAGUACCUGUACUCCCUCUUUGGCGCCUACGGGGGUAUUCAGCAAAUCCGUAUCGGGUCAUCCUCCAUCACGAAGGGCUGCGCCAUUGUCGUGUACGAGCAAUGUGAGGCCGCAAAUAAUGCAGUCGGCGCGCUCAACGAGUACGCUCUCAGCAAGGACCGCGUGCUUCGAGUGUCUGUGUACGAAGAAGAGAGAGAUAAAAAGGCCCUCGAACGGCGGAAGCGGAAGCGGGAGAUGCAGGCGGAAUACAAGAAACACAUUGCCGACGUCGCGCAUGCCGCUAAUGAGCCGAAGGAGUGA